AUGGAUGAAGCUGGUAAUGAGAUUGUGGAUGAAAUAAACAUAUACUAUGAUUGCAGAUACAUAUCUGCAUGCGAGGCAGCUUGGAGGUUAUUUAGCUUUGAAGUCCAGUACAGAACUCCCCCGGUUGAGCGACUAAGCUUUCACUUGCCUGACUGCCAAUCAGUUGUUUUCCAAGACGAUGAUACGAUUGAUCAGGUUCUCAAUAGAGAGAUCGUUAGGCAAAGUAUGUUUAAUGCAUGGUUUGUAGCCAACCAGAAUUUCAAAGAAGCGAGCUUACUAACUUACAUUGAGAUGCCUACCAAAUUUGUCUGGGAAAAAGACAUCCGUGAAUGGCAUCCAAGAAAGAAGGGUUUCUCAAUUGGUCGAAUAUUCUAUGUACAACCAGCUUCAGGUGAAAUAUAUUAUUUGAGGUGUCUAUUGAACAUAGUCCGUGGUCCAAAAAGUUUCCAAGAUAUUAGGACAGUUAACGGUGUUGAGUACUUGACCUUUAGAGAUGCGUGUUAUGCUCAUGGAUUGCUAGACGAUGAUAAAGAGUACAUUGAUGCUAUAAAUGAAGCAAGCUACUGGUCAACUGCACAUUCAUUGAGGAAGCUAUUUGUUGUUUUACUAACAUCCUUCUCAAUUAUUAGACCUGAAAAUGUUUGGAAUCAAGUGUGGCUACAUUUGUGUUAUAAUUAUAACUAUCUGGAUGUUGGUAUCGUAACAGAUUUGGUCUUAACAGAGCAAGAGAAAAAGAACUUUGCAUUGUUGGAAUUGGAAAACCUUUUGGGGCAACAAAAUAAGUCUUUAAAAUACUACCCUCCGAUGCCAAUACCAACUACUGAUAAUUCAAGGUUGUUUCAAAAUCGUUUAGUUUUUGAAGAGUUAUGUUACAAUCGGGAACAGUUGAAGGAAGAUGCUGAAGUGCUGUGUGCCAAACUAACUGAAGAACAGAGAAAGACUUUCUUGUGGAGAGCGUUGUCAGCUGCAGUCCGAUGCAAAGGUCAGAUCAUUUUAAAUGUCGCAUCAAGUGGCAUAGCUUCUUUGUUGUUACCAGGUGGCCGAACUGCACACUCAAGAUUUGCAAUACCUAUUGCAAUAAAUGAAGACUCUACCUGUAACAUUAAACAAGGUAGCGACUUGGCUGAAUUGUUGAUAAAGACGCGUUUGAUAAUUUGGGAUGAAGCUCCCAUGAUGCACAAACAUUGCUUUGAAGCGUUAGAUAGAACUAUGCGAGAUUUGUUGCAUUUUGUAGACCCUCAUAGUGAAAUGAAGACGUUUGGUGGUAAAACAGUUGUUUUGGGUGGAGAUUUCCGCCAAAUUCUUCCAGUAGUUCCAAAAGGUACACGGCAAGAUAUUGUUUCUUCAGCGAUAAAUUCAUCAUAUCUAUGGGAUAGGUUGACUAAAAACCUCAGGCUAAGUUCGGUACCCAACGGUGGAAAUCGGCAGGCAUUACAAGAAUUUGCUAACUGGAUUGCUAAUGUCGGCGAUGGAAAGCUAGGUGGGCGGAAUGAUGGUUUCGCAGAGGUUGAAAUACCAAAGCACAUGCUACUGUCAUCCGGAGGGGACGAUAUUAAAACAAUUGUGCAUAGUAUAUUUCCUAUGUCAUACUAUAGUUCAAACGCAGUAUGCAAAGCCGAUGGCGACAACAGUAUAUUUGGAGAUGUACACACACAGGAAUUUCUAAACAGCAUUAGGGUUUCAGGUCUACCAAAUCAUACACUGACUUUGAAAAUCGGUUCACCAGUAAUGUUAAUGAGAAAUAUUGACCAUUCUCUUGGUUUGUGCAAUGGAACUCGGUUGAUAAUCACAAAGCUAGCAGACCAUGUUAUUGAAGGCGAGAUUCUGACUGGUCCUAACAAAGGUACAAAAGUGUUUGAACCCCCGAAUGUCAAUGUCACCCUCUGA